AGGCCGCAUCACGACUCCCGGCCGUUGUGCAGGCAGCCACAGAGCAGGAGGAGGAGGAGGAGCGGAGGGGGCGCACACUGACUCGGAGACUAGUGGUUUAUGGAUCAGUUCUUUUUAUAUAACCUGCAUUUAGAAAAGUAACACAAUUUAGGGAAAGAAAAUGGGUAGAAAAGAUGCUUCAACAAUGAGAGCACCAGUCGAUCAAUAUCGUAAGCAAAUAGGAAGACAAGACUACAAGAAAAACAAGCCUGUAUUAAGAGCAACAAGACUAAAAGCUGAAGCCAAGAAAGCGGCAAUAGGGAUUAAGGAGGUGCUCCUUGUUGUCGUGGCGAUCUUGGUGCUUCUACUGGCUUGUUAUGCCUUCUUUUAUCUUAACAUGAGCCAGAUCACGGAAUCCACAGAAGACUUUUCAGACUAGCGUCUACGUGAUAUGUCUGUAUAUGGCUUCUGUAACGAAGGACUCUGACGAUAUGAAAGCAUUACAGCGGUGCUGCGGCUGCAGUUUGUCAUUAGGAAAAGCUGAUACAUUCCACUUCUUGUACAAUGAUAAUGAAGCACAAAAUACAGAAGUCUUACUGCAAUUAUGUGUAAGCAUUCCAGAUCCUAAUAAAUAGAAAUUGUCCGUUCUGUAGUAAAUUCCAAUGUGUCUUUUGGGAAAGGCUAUAUUUUCAAGUGUUGAUUUUCAAGGAAUGUGUGUCUAUGUAUGUUGAUUUGUAAACUUCAUUCUAUUUACUGUUGCCAUGAUUCUGAUGAGGAACAUUUUACAUAUGAGGAUUUUGAUAAAAAUGUAUCUUUCUUUUAAACUUAUGUUGACUCUUUUUGUAUUGAACCCACAUUAAACAUACUAUAAUUAUCA